UGGGAAUAAUAUGGAGGCGUUUCCGGCAGGCCCCGGCUGCUGAAAGCCGGGGCAGACGUGCUGCUCCUGGUUCGGGUUCUUGUCCCGGUCCCGCCCAGGCGGCGACUGUGGUCGGAGAAAGGAGGUGUUGGACGCACUGGCCCACCGCCGCUGUACACUGCAGCCUUAUCUCAGCUCAAAAUGAACUAUAUGCCCGGCACCGCCAGCCUCAUAGAGGACAUCGACAAAAAGCACUUGGUCCUGCUUCGAGAUGGAAGGACGCUUAUAGGUUUUUUAAGAAGCAUUGAUCAAUUUGCUAAUUUAGUGCUACAUCAGACUGUGGAGCGUAUUCAUGUGGGCAAAAAAUACGGUGAUAUUCCUCGAGGGAUUUUUGUGGUCAGAGGAGAAAAUGUUGUCCUACUAGGAGAAAUAGACUUGGAAAAGGAGAGUGACACACCCCUCCAGCAAGUGUCUAUUGAAGAAAUCUUAGAAGAACAAAGGGUAGAACAGCAGACCAAGCUGGAAGCCGAGAAGCUGAAAGUUCAAGCGCUGAAGGAUCGCGGUCUCUCCAUUCCUCGGGCAGAUACUCUGGAUGAGUAUUAAGUCAUUUGCUCAGAGGCUAUUGCUCUUGGGGAGCAGUGCCUGUCACUGAACGAAAGUCAUACAUUUGACUAGAGACUGUAGAGUUUUGCAAAGUCCUGUUUAUUUUGAAUUCUUUCACUUGUGCAACAUGAAGAAAUCAUGUGGCUUUUUUUUUUCCUUUUUAAUGACAAAAAUCAUUGUUUAAGAAAAAAGCAGUGGCAAGGACUCCUUUCACACGGCACUGUGGAGCUGGCAACUACUUUAUAUUGCUUGUCUUGUCCCAAAUUAGCGUUCACAGGGGAGACAUUCCUCAUUUACUUGUAAAUAAAAUAAAAAUCUCAAGACUCAUUUUAUUUCCUAA